CCCCUCACCCUCUCCUUCCAGGAAGACCCACACUUCUCUCCUUUCCUCUUUCGCGCGCUUCAUUUGUGUCUCGAGGAAGCCAGGCACCGUGGGCAACUCUUGUUCAACAUCACCCUCCUUUACCGACCACGCUCGCUACUGUCAACAAGACGUACACGGUACAAACGCAUACGUUCACGCUUCGACUGUGACACCACGGCUCCGAUGAAGAAGAUACCGACCAGUCUCCUGUCCGUCCUCACGGUCCUCUUCUCGCUGCAGCUGCUCGUCACCUGCGCCGGCGUCGCUCUCGAGGCUCGUGGACCAGCCAGCCUCACCCUCAUUCAUGGAGAAAUCGAUGCCAGGUCCGUCCACCUUGGCUCGUCGGUGAACGGUCCGACGGACGCCGACGCCUCGCUCUUCUCGCGCGACUUUCUUGAGCGCGGCGCAGAGGACAACAACGCAAGAUCGCAGCCGAACAAGAUGAUCAAGCGAGCGUGUCAAGCCUCGGAAAAGAACUGUAUUACCAAGUCCUCGCUCGACUGCAAGAAUCAUCCAUGGGCCUUUGGCUGCAAGUCCACCGACUUUGGCGGAUUCAAUCACGACGGAACUCCUCCGUCGUUUAAAAAGCCACCAACAGUGUCUCCGAACCCGCCUUACAAGACACCGCCGUCGGUGAAGACGCCUCCUCCUCCUGGAGGGCCAUCGUACGGCGAACCAAACGGCAACUGUGGCAACUGUCCCUACGGCUAUGUGUGGUUAGGCUGGAGCUGCGUCGCUUGGACUCCCUGCGUGCAAGGCCAAUGCCCCCCAUGCACGGACGGCUGCGGUAACUGCCUUUUGGACCUCUGCUUCGACCAUUUGAUGCCGCCAUUCUGUACCGGUGAGCAAUGCGGCAAAGAUCCUCUCGUCAAUCCAUAUCCCAAAUGCAACCCAGGCGACAAACAAUGCAUCUGUGCCCUUUACAAGCAGUGCGACACAGGCGGCGGCGGCGGCGGCGGCGGUAGCAGCGGAAAGAAUCCCGGCUGCGACGAGCCGUGGUGCCAAAAGUGCCCGAACCCACGCAAGAAGCCCACGCGGCCUUGCCCCACGAUCGGAGAACAGGAUUGCGCCGAGGCGGACUCAAGCUGCGUCUUCACCGACGACAAGUCGUACGUCAUCGAUGCGGAAAACCUCAUUGGCUGCACAGAGACAGAUUCAGAGGGGCACGGUCGCGUGUUUCUGCGCGGUGCGACAACAGGCCGUUGCAAGUUCUCUGGUGGACCCUUGACGGUCGUGUGCCCAAACACCGACAGUCAGCUCUACGUCUUACUCGACCCCGACAUGGACAAAUCAAAGAAUGAGUACAAGAAGGCUGGCAACAAGAAAGUGCAGGCCUACUGGACUUCCAAUGAGGCGAGUAAAACUCAAGACAAGUUCAGCACCGUCGGCUCCAAGAAGGGAACAGACCUGCAUGUCCACUGCACCUGA